GGUGAUAAAGAGAAUGUUGGGUGGAAGAUUCAGGUAUCCACUGUUGUAUACGUCCGUAGUCACGGUGUCACCGUUUUUAUUAAUUGAUCUUGCAGAAUAAAAACGAAAGUUUAAUCGUGUUUAUAAUAUUAUCUAAGGUAUACAUAGUGUGGAUACGAAAUCAAUCGUUGAACGAUGGCUGGUAAAAACGGACCGAAAUUAGAGCAACGAAUUCAGUGUAUAAAAUUUACCAUCUUCUGUUUGAAUGCCAUCAUAUGGUUACUGGGCAGUGCAUUAUUCGGCUUAUGCAUGUGGCUGAGGCUGGAUCCAAGUUUUGAGGAAUGGGUCGAUUUCCUUAAUAUGUAUGAAUUUUAUAUCGGAGGUUACAUUUUACUUGCAGCCUCGAUAUUUAUUAUAAUUAUUACACUGCUCGGUUGCGCCGUUGCUCUGAUGGAGCACAUCCUUGGUCUCUAUGUCUAUGUAGGCCUGCAAUUAGCUUCUUACGUCCUCGGCCUCGUAGGAACGGCAAUUCUUCUCGAUUAUUCCACCUACGAUAGCAAAAUUCAGCCGCUCAUACGACAAUCUAUGACUGAUCUCAUCAGCAGAUCCCACGAUGGAAGGGCGACAUAUAUUUUGCAAUUGAUUCAAGAAAGUAUCGGUUGCUGUGGUGCCGAUGGACCCAUGGAUUAUUUGACCCUGAGGAAACCAUUACCUACUGAAUGUAGAAAUUCUGUUACUGGAAAUGCCUAUUUUCAUGGAUGCGUCGAAGAGAUUUCAUGGUUUUUGGAAGCCAGAUCGGGUUGGGUGGCCGGUUUGUCAUUGACUUUGUGUCUAUUGCAUGUAGUAAUAGCCGCGCUCAGCUUAACUCUUAUCCGAGCUAUUAAAAAGGAAGAACAACUUGUAGUAUCAUAUAAACGUUAAUUUUCAUUGGUUCCUGAGUUACUUUAUGUUUCAUUGAGAUUUAUUAAAGUACUCACCUUAUGAAUUGGAAUUUAUAUAAAAGAGAAUGUGGCAAAAAUAAUAACAUUCGUUUGAGGGUAUUGGCGUAACUAGGUAAGAGCCAGGGUGCUUAUCAUUUUAAAACUUCCAGAUUCUACAAUUCCAGAAUUCUAGAAUUUCAAAAUGAAUUUUCAGAAUUACAAAAUGUAACAAUUUUUAUAGGACUUGGCCCACCCCAGAAAAAAUCCUAGUUACGCCAAUAUUUGAAGGAAAAAUGUAGAAUACAUUCAUAAUUUUAUUUAUAAAUUUAUUGAGUUUUUUAUGUGCAAUGCAAUUAUGGUAUAUUUUCAAUUCUUCAAACGAACUCAACUUCUCAAUAUACUGAACGUAUUUUUAGUCUUGGUACAGAAGAAUUUCUCUGGUGAUGCCUGUAAACAUUGUAGUCUGAUACCUACAUGGUUGUUCUAAGUUUAGAACGUUUUCAAUAGCUUCCGUGCUAGAUUUUUAGAGUACUGAACGAGUAAUAUGUUUUACGAAAUGUAAAACUUCGUUAAAUGACAUUAGCAUUUAAUAUUGCAUACAUAGAGCUACAUCAUAUAAUGGAAACAAACUGCUUUUUUAUAUGAAAUAUUGGAAUAAUAAUACAUUUAUCGUUUA